AGUCGAUUCACUUUUGCUGUCACUUACCGCAGAUUAUUUAUUUUUUUGAUUCUGCCAGUUCGCCGCUCUCCUUUCUCCUUUCUACUUUAAUAUUAUUCGCUGCGUAUAAAGUAGGGAGGCAGCUUCAAGUUAAUCGUUAAUUUCUAUUAUCCCGCUGGGCUCGUUCGUUUCUUCCUCGUGCCGGUAUUUGGCGGCCGUCGAUCGCUAUGAAAGUUUUCGCGUCGGAAUGCACGUUCGAUUACUCGUGGGAAGAGGUAUCCACUGCUAACUGGCGUAAAUACUGCCCGUGGAAUAAUAAGUCCACGCAUGUCGUUGCCGUCGAUGUUCUUUCGCGAACAUUCGAUCCAGAAUCUGGAAUUUUACGAACGGAGCGUUUAAUCACAUGCAACCAGUCUGCUCCGCAAUGGAUCCUUAACCUUUUUGGAGGUUCUUCGACAUCGCAUGUCUACGAAGUCUCCUAUGUCGACCCGUCUUCGAAGAAAGUCACUAUGUGUUCCACAAACUUAACCUGGUCAAACGUUCUUAGCGUCCGCGAAACUGUCAUCUAUCAACCAUCUCAAUCAAUGCCGGCAUCGAGGACGGACUUUAGACAAGACGCACAGAUAACCGCUCUCUGUGGUGGAUGGCAAAAAUUAAAGAACAAAAUCGAGGAACUUAGCGUGGAAACAUUUAGCCAGAACGCAAAGAAGGGGCGGGAAGGGUUUGAGGCUGUCCUUGAAAUGAGUCGGAGGGUGUUUAGAGAGCAGAAAGAGAUGGAGGCGUUGCAGCAGGUGCCCCAAUGACCAAUCCUCAUUACCACCUCUCAGACUGCUUCCUCGUCAAGCGAUCCUUGCUAUCAUACUUUCCCUCGCAGCGAAAAAAAAAAAGAAAAGUUCGGAGUUUGAGGGGUUUAGAUCUUCCUUUUUCGAUUUAUGUACAGUCACAAUGGCGCAAGUGGCUGGUCUCGGCGUUUUUGGUGGCAUGGUAAUUGAACGUGACAUGACAGCAUCGCAUUGUUUAUAUCUUAUGGAGUAUAUAUUGUAUCA